UAGUUUUCGCCAAAAAAAUUGCGCCAGAAAUUACGACAAAUCACGCCAAGCUUAAAGAAUUGAAAAAAGAGAUUUAAAACUUGAUUUAAGGAUCGCCAAUUACCAAAACCAUGACCGACAAGAAGAAGGAUGACAUUGGCAGGGCCGAGAAUAUUGCAGUAGUCGAGCAAAUGCCCGCUUUAUUAGAGAGAAACCUGGCGAAAUUGCGGUCUGAAAAUGCUCUUCGAGCAGCCUAUAUCGCUGAUAUGAAGAAACAGUUGGAUGCUCUGAUGACCGUGAAGUACGGCGAUAUGUCCUACUUGAACUAUGGGGAGGUGGGCCCGAAUCUGCUGCCCGAAUUGCGCGUUAUGAUUGCCAAAAACGGAAGGAUCAUCGAGACUCUCGAUCGGGUGGUCCAGGCAAAGAGCACAGUGGCUCGUGCCUAUGAUGAUCACUGCAAGAGGGUGCUCAAAGCCAAGGAGGCACAGAAGGUGCAGAGGGUCUAUGACGAAUUUACCGCGAUGCCCCACUAUGAACUAAAGCAGCGCAUCGCAGAGGUGAAGAGUGAAGCGGCCGAGUCUCGUGCGAAGUUGACAUUAAAAAUCAAGGAGGUUAGGGAAAAGAAGGAGCUGUUGAAGGCCACCAAAAAAAGCUUGCUUGCUGAUAUUCGCGCAUUAGCUCAAGUCGAACGUGAUGCCAUCGAUACAGUCGAAGAACUUAAAUCCGAAAUUGCCAUUAAGAACGCAAUGAGAGCAAUCAAAUAAUUUUAAUCUAUAUCAAUCUACACUUUAAAUACACAAUAAACAUGUUAGGAUUAGUACUGGCUCCCUACUUUGAACAACUCAGAUUUUAUUUAUCUACGAAAAAAAGAUACCCCCAAUUUAAAAUGAGUUGCGUUACGUUCCUAUUAAACUUGGAUAGAAGAAAUCCCAAAUGUUAAUUUUCGUUGCGACACGUAUAAUAAAUAAUGUGUUCUAAAAUAA